GUGAUCGCAUGUUGUGGCUGAAUGGUUGCUGCUCAUGGCAUAACAUUUUGCAUUCGACUACGUUUACUUGCGGCAAGGAUCUUGCUGUCUUUAGAUUGAAUUCAGAUAUUACAUAAUCAUGCGGCAGCUCACGAAUCUAACGAACUCCGGAAUGCCGCAAUAGCCGGCACGGCUCUUCACAAAUUGAUAAGUGAGACUAAAAAAGUGCGCCGGCGUGUAGAGGGAUGGAGAGCUUGUGCAAUGAAUCGUUUCUCUUUCGAAGCUGAGAAUUGUUACUCGUGCCAACGUUGAAGAGAUGCUGGUUUUUCGUUCCAUUACUAUCAUGGUUUGUGCUCUAGAGCCGUUUUAAGAGAUUCGAAACGACGGCGCGGAAUAUGAAAGUUUGGUGUUACCUUGUGGCGAGUGGUAGUGAGCGUUUGGGUCAUGACAAGAUGGUGUGUUGUGUUCUGGACGGCGGUGUCCUUCCAGUCGGGACAUUCGCUCAUGUAGCUGCGACUUCGGAUAGAGAUGCUGUCGGAAAGGAUGAAAAGGUCCAAUGAAAAUUAGUUGAGGGAGUGAAAGUUGGCGUCGACCCCGAUUUAUUGCAGUAGGUCCUGGAAAAAUGGCGUGUAACUGUUGUGAAGAUGAUGGCAAAGAUAUCACCGAGCCCCAUUGUCAGGAAGGGAAUGCUGCAACAUAUGAAGAUGCUUCCGGAAUGAAAGGAAUGACUUGUGGAUUUUCAAUGUCGCGGGGCGAACAUGAGGGACAGGGAGGAUGUGACCGAAGUGAGGAGUGCUUCAGUUGCGCAAGUACAGAUGGUAAUGAGGAGAUACUGUUUGCAACUUUUGGUUCCGUAAGUGCAGCCUGCAAAGGAUGCUGGGGUGACAUAGUCGAAGAUUGCAAAAACCAGGAUUGUACUGCCAAUGACAUCGCGCUUUGUGGAGUGGAAGACCAAUGCAGGAAGCAGCAUGGCUUGCUACCAUGGGUCAUAGGCGAUGGGAGCGUGUGCCAAGCAGUUCCGAAGUCGUGCCUGAAGACCGAAUUUGAGGGCAAUGGAGCGGAUGAAACGAAAGCACAUGCUUUGCCGCGAUUGACUAUGGUUGACCCGCAACUCCGGAGUGGGGGUUUAAUGGCACCUCCUCCCUCCGGCGCCGCAUCCCUUCGACGCCUUUGCAAUGCUCUUCAGUGUGCGCUGAGGAAACGUGUUGAAAGCGAGCGUCACUUGAAAAUGAUAAACAAGGAGCUUAAAGUAAGGUUAGAGAAGUGUCUCUUAGAGCUUGAUGUGGACUCCGUACAGUUGCAGCUCGACACACUGAGCGAAGAAAUGAAACAAACAAUUUAUCUUCUGCGCAAACUUGCUGAAAAAAAUGCGGAAUUAGAGAGACAGAAGGUGGUUGGUGAUAAAAAAAUUAGCGCACUAAUAACGGAGCUGCAGUUAGAGAAUGCCUCUCUCAAACGGGAGAGAUCCGUUCUAUUUGCUCUUUUGCAAUCUCAAAGGCAUAAGCUCCAAUCUUUGAGAAGCGACUUCAUUCCAAGAAGUUGCGUGGUACCUGGCAACUCUCUUCCUGAUUCUGCAAUUCCUGUGGAGGAUGUGAAAGACCUCCAUGAAGAAGUGGAUCGCUCAGCCUCGCAGAAGGAGUCGGACAUAUAUCAGUCGAUUGUUGAGGAUGAAUGUCGAAGGAACGCUUAGAAAGAGUGUCGCCCCCAGAAGAUUCUACCAGAAAGACCCUCUGUUUCACCUGGGUUCAUUAUAUUGUAGCAGAUAUUUUCGUUGACUUCCAGACCGACUGCUGGAUGGUAUAGGACACGAAUCGAGUUUGACACCUUCAGCAGAUGACUAGGACCUUUCAUAUCAGGACGGCGCAUCACAACAGAAUAUUGGGAGCGAUAUUACUUUUAAUGCCCCCGACAGCCACGACAGCAUGACGAACCAACACUUUUCAUAUCCAUGCGAAACUUCACAGCAAGUUGAAUAGGCAUGAGUUUUGAUAGACAUGAAACCUUGAGCUAGUUUAGAACUGGAGAGAAACUAACACAGCAAUUGUAUGAACCCUAAAAGCAAAUUUACUGGUACACUAUCAAUUAUCACAUGUUUCUCCAUUUGCCAACUCCACUGCAACUAAGAACGUUCAAAGGAAACUCUGCAAUA